GGGGCUGGAGCUUGGUCGUCUGCAGCGGCGGCGGGCGACUCUCUCUUCCAGUGGAGAAAUGUGCGCAGGUUGAAGACAAGAACGGCAUCCCCGUUUGCAGUUUCAAGGUUCCGGCUGCCACGCAGCCCCACGACACGGAGGGCAAAGUGCAAAUUGAACACACGACAAGCGGCCAUCACGGCGGAAAGCCUCUCGGACCACCCUCGCAAGGCGGCGCCUCCAGUCCGAUGUCCUGUCCUCCCACCACGGUGUGAUGUGUCAUGGCGCCGGUGCUGACUGGAGUGUGGUGGGGGCCGGAGGCGGGCGUGGUCUGGUCAGGGGCGGCGGCUGCGGGAGGCGGGGAGGCGGCGAACCUGCCGGGCGGCGGGCAGCUGCUCCUGGCGGUCACCCUCAGCGCCCUGGCCGCCCUGCUGCUGGUGUCCGUGGUGCUGCUGCUGUGCACGAGCUGUCAGGGGCAGAAGAAAGCAGUCGGUGGGCCUCCUGCAGGAGACCGUGUGGACCUCAUGGAUGGAACAUCGGAUAAGGAGGCCAUCAGCCAAUCGCCCGAAAGCCCCGUGACGGACGUGGGGGUCAGCAGCUCCCACAACGGACCUCGAACCAGCGGUACCAUCCUCACAGAAGCCAGCAGCCCCCAUCCCUCAGAGGACAUACCCUCCAGCCAAUCAGAGCACAGGUCCUCCAAGUGUCCUCAGGACCGCGAGCUCCCCAGCAUCCCGGCCAACGGUUCCCUGAUCAGGGACGCGCCCCCACCUUCGUCAGGGGACAGCACCUACGAGGUGGUGAAAGACAUGGCGGCGACGUCCCGCGACAUCAGCAUCGAGGACUCCCUCUACGAGACGGUCAAGGAGCUGAAAGACCCCCCGAAGAAGCUGGCCCUCGCCAACGGUACGGCCGCCCCGUCGCCCCUCCGUGGCCCCCUCCUCCUCAACGGCCACGUCAGCCCCAGCACGGUGGAGUACGCCUCGGUGGACCGCAACAAGAAGAGCCGCAACAGCGCCGACCUGGAGGCCAAGCGGCGCUCUGCCGACAAUAACUACAACGGCCGCGGCUGUGGCGCCACCCCCGCUUGCAAGGAACCCGACGAUUUGCCCCCGCCGGUGCCGGAGAAGGUUCUGGAUGAGAACGACAACCAGGCCGUGCUGGCGAACGGCGUUGGCGCGGUCCUGCACAACGGAAAGCUCCACUCCCCCCCGUCUCCAGCACCAGGGCUCCACAACAAAGUUCCAUCAUCAGACAACGAGCCUUCAGCGUAUUCGUCGGUGGACGGAACCAACCACGCUGGCGCCAACCCGGAGGACAAGGAGCACGACUACAGCAGCAUCGCCGAGCUCAAAGGCCUCAUCCCGGCCGGCUCCUCCAGCGACCUCUACGCCACCGUACACGAUGUCUACGCCCGGCCGGGGGAGCCCUCGGCGGCCGGGGACGGCGCCGACCCCGGCUACGAGAGCAUCCGCAUCCCAAAGACUGGCAGCUCGGACGAGGAGCGCAGGGAAGGCGAGGGCGCCAAGGCCGAGCCCGACUACGAGAGCGUGGGGGAGUUGGGUCUGAGCCGGGAAACGUCUCGUCUUUGAGUCUUGUCCUUCUUUGUCGUCAGCACCUCCUUAGAGACUCUAGUCCACUUUCAGCUUGAUGGUCUAGUCCACAUGCAUGUCCAUGUUGCAGCUUAGGAUGGUCUAGUCCAUGUUACAGCUUAGGAUGGUCUAAUCCACGUUACAGCUUAGGAUGGUCUAGUCCACAUGCAUGUCCAUGUUGCAGCUUAGGAUGGUCUAGUCCAAGUUGCAGCUUAGGAUGGUCUAGUCCAUGUUACAGCUUAGGAUGGUCUAGUCCACACGCAUGUCCAUGUUGCAGCUUAGGAUGGUCUAGUCCACGUUACAGCUUAGGAUGGUCUAGUCCACGUUACAGCUUAGGAUGGUCUAGUCCACAUGCAUGUCCAUGUUACAGCUUAGGAUGGUCUAGUCCAUGUUACAGCUUAGGAUGGUCUAGUCCACAUGCAUGUCCACGUUGCAGCUUAGGAUGGUCUAGUCCAUGUUACAGUUUAGGAUGGUCUAGUCCAUGUUACAGCUUAGGAUGGUCUAGUCCAUGUUACAGCUUAGGAUGGUCUAGUCCACAUGCAUGUCCACGUUACAGUUUAUGUUGGUCUGCCCCAACGUUGGUCUCAUUAAUCAAGCAGGGUGAAUGUCGUUGGUACUAACGGUAGCAAACACCUCUCCUGUCGCCGACAUAUCUCUACGGACUCGAUGCCAACUAAGUAUCCACUCACGUGCUGCAUUUCGAAGGAUUCAGUUCUCAUGACCUCGUAGGACCAGGUUCCGAGUCCCAUCAUCUGCAUUCAUGUUGUUGAAAAUGAAGGUACGGUUCAAAUGCAAAAGUUUGGAGACACUUUGUCAUGUUAUUCAAUGGGAUAGUGUCUUAGUACCUUUGUGUUCCAGCUCCCACUCGAUCAGCCCCCGGGGAGGACCGCUUAAAUCAGGCUUCGCUACACAUCUUAAAAUGCAGCCCGGUAUAACUGGCACACAGCUUCACAAUUCUCAGCAAGUAUGUUUUGUGAAGGUUACACCUGUACCAGACAGUACAGUAUCUUUAGGAUGUCUGGUGGGAUACGUAGUGGUCGUCUUUGAUCACCACGUUUCUCAUUUAGAAGAGAAUACUUAGCCCACACAACUUUUGGCGGAUUGUUUUGCUUAUUUGAAGUAUUUCAGUGUACAAAGUGGGGGGGAUUUAGCCCAUCAUCCACAAUCCUUAUGUAAGAAUUGAACACACAUAUUUUGUCUUAUAUAAAAUGCUAGCGCUAAUGCUUAAAAAUAACCAAAACAAUGCUGUAAGUAUUACAUGUUAUCGUGAAUGUAGCCGUUAUGACAUGCUUACAGCAAGGAUAUACAACCUUGUUGGCGGUUUGUGGAAGUGUUAUAGUUUAUGGCGAAAUAGGUAUGUCCCAUUCUGUGCAUUAAUUAGCUGCCUCUUUUUAUCUGUUUUUAUACCUUUAGAAUGCACAGAAAAGAGAAAGACGUGCGUUCACGUCUUACAUAACGAUUGUGGAUUGAUGUAGCGUGAGAGUAAAAGUAUCUUUGUCGACAAAAAUAAGCACUUUUGACCUCACGUUCCGAUGUUUUCAUCUUGCUCAGAUUGCCGCAUUGUGCAGUCGGCUGCUUUUCCAUGCAGUCCGUGUCGACCUUCCAUGUGAAAAUUCCUAUUUAUUUAAGGCUUUAUGAUGACACGCACGCGUCUCCUCGUUUUGUGAGGGUUUUUGCGAGAUUGUGAGAUACGUGUUCUUUCAUCGGCCAUCGGCGAUAUCCGUGUGCCAAUGUGAAGGAGAGAAAAUUCCUCUUGGACUUUUAGAGAUUUUGUAGCGCUUUAAUAGAAGAGAAGAAAAAAAAGAGAAGAUAACAAUUGUAAUGGUACCUUGAUUUUUUCAGCUAUGUCAGCUAUAUUCAAACAGGAUCCAUAUACUCUUGUAUUCUUAUGAUUAUUAUUCUUAUGAUUAUUAUUAUCAAGGCAGACUACGUUGUGUACUUUGUUGUCGGUACAUUGUGUCGUCGUCACUCCGUGAAAGCUAUGGAGCACAAGGUUUUUCAAAAUGUGGUACAGUAUCAUUUGUUUUCUUUAACCAGCUCGUGCACAAUUUCAAUAUCUUAGCGCUUUUGUAUGGUAGCACUACGCAGCACACGCACAGAGCACUACUUUAAUCUGUGAAAGCUUUCCUGUACAACGUUGCUCCCAUUUUUACUACUAGAAGAGCACUGAUGGCCUUAUUCCAAAUGGAGAAAAACAUAUUGGUACAUUGUGUCGGUACAUUCUUUUUUUGUGGUACUUUUAUUUAAAAAACAAAAAAACAAAAACUGUUUUGUGUAAAUGUUGAGCGGAAAAUAAAUCCUGUACAUGUUUUUUAGUGUGUAUGUGUGUCUUCAAAUAAAUAAAAAGACAUUCAUCCUGAAUUGACUGCUGUGAAAUUUCACAAAUUUUCCCAACUAUGAGCAUAAAGAGAAUGUUUUUUGUGCAGUAACGUGGAGGUUUAGGAAAUAAUGGGAAUUUUAGAGUCCUCAAAACAUGAGUUAACACCCCCAUAGUGACAUUUACAUUUGUAUUACCAAUGUUCUGUAGUAGAUUAAGACA